UAUUCUUUGAAGCUAGUCAACUGUCACUGUCAGCUGUUCGCUAUUUCACAUUUCACAACUGUUAUCAGAGCUGUUAUGUAAAGAAAAAGGUAUACAGACAAUUACUCAACAGACAGUCCAACUGGCAGAUACUGGUAGAAAAUAGAAAAUAGUGUAAAAUAUACGAAAAAAUGUUGAGUGUACCUCGAAUUGGUGUUAUUAGGUUUGUAGGGAAUAACAUUAACAAAAAUGUAAUUUCCAAGAUUAAUAUACAAUCUACACGAACUAUAACAUCUAAGUUAGAUGACUUGCCAGUAAAACCUAAACCAUGGGCCUAUAAUGAAAAACAUUUUACAUUAUUAAAUUAUCCCUUUGAUAAGACUUCAUCCAGAUUUGAUGAAAAUACAAAGCUUAUCGUAGUAGAAGGUUCAGUUGCAGCUGGAAAAAGCAAAUUUGCCAAAGAAAUCGCAAAAUCCUUUGGUAUGUUUUAUAUGCCUGAAGCUAAUCUUGAUAUGAAUUAUAUAAAUUAUUAUGGGUAUGACUUAAAAAACCUGGAUCCAUUACUAGCUCCAGAUUGUAGGAGCUUUGAUGUUAUGGAUUUCUUAAAAAAUCCCAAACAUAAGCUUGUUGCAAGAAUGCAAAUUCAGCAAUAUGUAGUUAGAUUAUCUCAAUAUAUUGAUGCUUUAGCUCAUAUUCUAAGCACAGGUCAAGGUGUAGUCUUAGAUAGAUGCGUCUACUCUGAUUUUGUUUUUGCAGAAACAUUGUACAAUCAAGGAUUUAUAUCUAGACCCGCUUAUAAAAAGUAUUAUGAAUAUCGUGACAACACCCUGCAGGAAUUAAUAAAACCACAUUUAGUGAUUUAUUUGGAUGUCCCUGUUCCAAAUGUAUUGGAGAAUAUAAAGAAACGUAACAUUAGUUAUGAGGUUAAUUCGCCUGCAAUGAACGAAAAUUAUCUUGGUGUAUUGGAAAAAUUCUACAAGCAAAAGUAUCUGAAAGAUAUAAGUACUCAUGCAGAACUAUUAGUUUAUGACUGGUCUGUUGAAGGAGAUAUGGAAGUAGUUGUGGAAGAUAUAGAAGCAAUUGAUUUCGAUCGUUUUGAGCCACAAGGCACUCACUUUAAAGACUGGGAUAUUGAUUCAGAAGAAGAAUGGGCUAUGCUUCGAUACCGUUAUGCAAGCCAGAAGCACGAAAUACUAGCUUAUUUGAAUAUCCCUUGCUAUGAGGUCCCCGAGUUACUUGUGGAUCCUGAAGAAGCUGAUGAUUACCAUAAAAUUAUGAAUUCGGCUCCUGGAGAACAAUAUUUGCCUGGAUUUAACGCUAGCAUGGGCGAUAAAAAUAUACUAUUUAAGACUAAAGCUCCCAUUAGAGAAACAUUACCUUUGAGGGAAAGGCGGAUUUAAACCUUAAAUAGUGCGGAUUAGAUAUUAUAAUAUUUAAUACUUUUCUCACAAAUGUAUUACUACUUUUGUAAAUAAUAUAUAAAUAAAGUUGAUUUCCUUACCUA